CUACCGCUGUCCUUCCUGUCUUUCGAGUUCCUAUUUCUCUUCUACAUUCGCUGUGAUCAUUCGGUCUUUCGAGGCACUUCCACUCUUUCGACCAUCGGUCUGUCACUCUUUACAGCAGCGAGAUAUCUGCACCAUUCUCUUCAGUACCAGUCCCUCACCUUUGCGAAAUUGACUUUCGCUUUUAGUGUUUGUCUGUGACAAAGAGUUGAUCACACGUCUCCUGAAAACCCCUCCAAAACGUUCAACCCUCCAGCCGUCGAUCGUGCUUCUUCCCCGGACGACCUAACGAGAUUGUCGAUCCCCCUCCACCCGACUCAAGAUGCAUUUCUCAACCAUCCUCACUGGCCUUGCGGCCUUUGCUACCCUCUCUGAGGCAAGCAUCCCCCAUGGCUAUGAGCGUCCUCAAGCCCGCCACCACGUUCGCCGUGCAGGUGGCAGCUCCAAUGGCACUGUCUCCUCCGUACCCUCCAGGCCCAGCGGCUCCGGAUCUGCCAGCAUCCCGGCCUCCUCGGCCAGUGUCAGCAUCCCCACCUCCUCGGCCAGUGGUAGCGGCUCCAUCCCCAGUGGCAGUGGCUCCGUUCAUCCUACUGGUAGCGGUCGUCCAAGUCACAGCGGUCGUCCAAGCCAUAGCGGUCGUCCAAGCCAUAGCGGUCGUCCAAGUCACAGCGGUCGUCCAAGUGGUACCGGCCCUACUUAUCCCACUGGGAACAGCACCUCGUCUCCCACCGGUAGCGGCACUGGCCGUCCCACUUCUCCUAGCUUUACCUUGGUGCCUACUGGCAACGGAACGACCACUGCGCCUGAGUUGACGACCUCUACCAUCCUGUCAACGGUCACUUCCACGAUCGCAGGCACCGGUUCGGGUUCUCCGAUCGUCGUCACUUCCGUUAUCACUGUCGGCACCACUGUCUAUACCAAAGACAAAGACACGUCCCCAAGCACCACUGAUUCAGUCGAGACAUCUGUUGCAACCCUGACUUCUGGAACCGGCGCAUCAAAGACAACCAUUACCACCACUAUCUUGAACACCAAGACUUCGACUGCUGUCCAUACCGUCACUGGUGGGACUGGUGGCGAUUGCCCGCUUCCCUCCACAGUCACCGUUACCGAAAAGGAAUAUAUCACUGUGACCGCUGGAAAUGCCGGCCCUGGCUCUUCGGGAGGUGCUGAGACCCCCACCGGCGACUCUAGCCACCCUUCAUCCUCAUAUGCAACCACCGCCGUUUCCAUCGUCACCAUCGUGCCUGUCCCCAGCGGCGGGCCGCCAUAUGGCAACGGCACGAUCCCCAGUGGCACCGCGCCUCCUUCAAGCGGCACCGCCCCAUCGUCUCGCCCACCUCCUCACGGAUCCAACCCAGUCCCGAGCGGCACCGGCCGGCCAACCCGCCCCGCACCCAGCGGCACCGGCCGGCCAACCCGUCCCGCCCCCAGUGGCACUGGUCCAGCACCCAGCGGUAGCGCUCCGGCACCCAGCGGUAGCGCCACGCCGUCCGGCGGCCACGGCCACGGUCACGGCCACGGCCCCGGGAAGGGCGUGAAGGCGAGGAACUUCGGUCGCCGCUAAACCAUUACUCUCAUGGGCGGUCCAACUUCGCCGCCCGGGGUUUACUUAGCAGGGCAACGAUGCACGCCUUGACGGCGAUGGCGUUCUGCCGCGCCGCGGUUCAUGCUGGAAGCAUUUUCUGAUUCGAUUCGAUUUAAGACUAGCCAUCUAUGACCGUCAUGG